AUGUAUGCUGAAUGGGCCUCACUACAAGAUGAAAUACAUUAUGAUAAAGGGAAUCAGUCAGUAUUACAUAAAUUUCCUGAUACUGUAGGGCGAGAUGUGGCUUGUACAGUUGUUAAACCAAUAGCUCAGAAUCUGAGUAUAUCUGCCAGUAAUGGAGAUCCAAGUACAUUGGAUGGAGAUAAAGAUGUUAAAUGGACUAUGGAAGUGCUAUGUUAUGGUCUGGGAUUACCGUUAGGAGAGCUCAACACCAUAAAAGAUUGUGUAAAUAUAUAUUGUGAAUGGUUAACAGCAUUAGUAACACCUAAACCAUGUGUUCCUCGGUCAAUAGUGGAUGAUCCUAAUCCUUAUGCUCAAGUUAUAUUACAUCAUUUAUUGAAUCUAUUUAAACCACGUUCGGGUGCAGGUGUUGAUCCAGUAAAUAAACAAGCUAUGUUAUGUCAUAGAGUUUUACGUACAAUAGAAACUGUAGCUAAAGAAUCCAGUAUAUUAUCUCGUGAUACCUGGACAGUUUUACUCAAAUUUCUAUUAGCAGCUAAUGAUAGUUUACUUUCUCCACCAACAGAAAAAGAUGAUAUUGGUGAUAAUCUAUGUGAAAGAGUAUUGUCAGUGUUAUUUGGUAUAUGGCUAGUUGCCUGUACUAAAUGUUUCCCUUCACCUUCAUUAUGGAAAACAUUUAGAAAUAUGUCACAGUCUUGGAGACAUCAUGAAGGACUUGUCCUACAGUGGCAUAAAGUCAAUUUUGCUCUUACAUCCCGACUGUUGAGAAUUAUGCAUGGUCCAGAUUAUCCAGAACUAGUAAUAAUUGAGAAUGAUGAUGUACAAAUUAUACCAGAAGGUAUGACCAAUGAAUGUAUAGCACAGACAUGGUUUAGAUUUCUUCACAUUAUACAGAACCCUGUUGACUUGUGUCACCCUGAAAUUAUCAGUCAGACUCAGUUAUUUCUACAAUAUGCGCUAAAUAAUGAAGCUGUAGUGGAACCAAGUCACCAUGAAUGUCUCCAGAAGUUACCCUCAAUAUUUCAUAAAGCUAUGAAAGGUGUAUCAGUCAUGGUGAACUCUUUUCUUGGAGUACCACAGACAGUGAAAUCUGAAAGUAGAACAUCUGGAAGUCAAUCUGCAGGUGGUAAAUUAGCUACACCUUCAACUCCUCCUGGUCAACGUAAACCUGGUGGUAAUCCAAUAGCUGUUCUUGCUGGUUCCUUGGCUCAAAGAGCAUCCAAGGAAGCUAAAGCAGCAGCUCUGAAGUCAGUAGUAGUUGUACCAAUUGAAGAAACAGCAGUGUUAUCAUUAGAUGCUAGAUGUGCUUUUGCUCCCACUAGACCCCAUUGUAACAGUAUACUACAUUUAUUCAGUGCUUGGUUAUUUGAUGCAGCAUUGGCUGGUGUCAAGUUAUAUGGCUGUCAUGCUGCACCAGUAAAAGCCCAACGAAGAACAAGUUCUUUCAUAGAAUCUAAACAUAGUUCAGUGUCAGUAGAGCAGACAGCAGCUGAGCCUGUUAUAAUCUAUGAUAAUACGUAUGAAACAGGUCGAGCUGAAGCUUGUGGUACAUUGUGUAGGAUAUUCUCAGCUCAUAAAACUGGUGAAGAUAUACAAACUGUAUAUUACUCUAGAUUCUAUAUCAUCAUGUUUUAUGGCUUACAGACAGAGGAGAAUACUAUUAGUGGAGAAGUGCUAUCUAAUUUAUUAUUUAAUUCUUGUGAUUUAUUACGUGUGGAUCUAGCUGGUAUACAGAUAUUGGUGCCUUAUUUCUUAAAUGCUUUGGAAUUAAUUCUGACUUCUAAUACACCACACUUCAGAUUAUGUGACCAAAUACCGUACGUUGAACUAAGGAAAGCCUGUGUACAUCUUCUACUGUCUAUGUUAUGUCUACCUUUACAUUUUAAAGAUCUAGAGAUUAAAGAUAUAAUGUCUAAUCCUGACAGUGAAGAAGAACAAAGAUCUAUUUCAUUUAUAUCAUUGAAAGUUAGAAUUAUAGAUCUUCUACAGAAAGCAUUGUUUUUAGAGACAGAUUCUACCAAUACACAGAUGUUGUUAGGUGGAUUAAUGUUGGUUGUUCAAGAUCUAGCUACAAGUGAACAGGCUGAACAGAUCACCUUACAACCACAACAAGAUAUAUCUGAUACUGAUGUCCAUGCUGAUAUGAGUGGUACAAGUGUUAAUACAUCCUCUACAGAUUCAAGUUAUCAAGAUACAUCAUAUCAUAGAUUACAUCAUCAUCCUAAAGAUCAGGAUACUGCCUAUGGUUUAUUUGGUCAAGCAACAUCAUUAGUUUGUAAUAGAUUGAUGUCAUCAUGGAUCUCAGAUUUAAAUACUGCUUUAGCUGCUAUAGAAUUAUUGGCAGGGCUAGCUAAAGUCUCCAUUAAACCACCUAACUUAUUGAUGUGUAAACGUACAGUGAAAUGGAUCUGUGAUUUUAUAGCUAAUCAAUGUAAUCGCCAUGCUCAACAUCAUACCAGAGAUCUCCACUCUGUUAUUGUGGCCACGUUUAAAUGUUUACAGUUGUGGCUAGUUGAACAUAGCUGUUUACUGUAUGAUAAAGAUUGUUUACAUAUUGUAUUGGAGGUGGUUGAACUGGGAAUAUCAGGCUCUAAAUCUCAGCUUAUACGUAUUCGAUAUAUUUACUUACUAUUGAAGGUUAAAGUAGGAGACAACCACAUAAUGAAGACUAAAUUAGAUAAAGAAAGUAAAUCUGUUGCCAUGGUAACAAAGAAUCGUGUAAGUGAUCCACCUAAAUUCAAGGGAGAUAAACAGUUAAUGCCAGCCUCUAUGAGAGUUAAAGAUGCUGCAGAAGCUGUUUUGACAUGUAUUAUAGAUCAAGUGGGAGCGUUUCCACCACCAUGUGGACCGGAAUCUCUAUUUUCAUUGUUAGAUGAAAGAUCAUUAUUAAAAUAUGCUAAAGGUUCAGCUUUACCAGAACAUGGAACACCAUUUCGUUAUUAUGUUAUAGAUAAUUCUAUUAUAGUUGGUUUAUUAGAGCAACCACUGGGCAAUAUUGAAGAUCCUUUACCUACUGUAACAGCUUUAAUUAGAGGUCCAUUUGGUAGACAUGCUUGGACAAUGCAAUUACGUCAUGCCCCUAGAGCACAGAAGAUAUCAUCAAGGGCGCAUCUAUUUGAACCAAGUCGUCCGGUACCACAAGAUAAUGUUGGUAUAAAACACAAUGUUAAACAUAGAUUCUACCCUGAAAGUGUUGAUAAAAUACCUACUUGUAAAGCAGAUGAAAGUAUUCCAACUCUAGAAUCUCUAGUAACUGAAAAAGAAAAACCAGAAAUUGAUCUUAUUAAAGGAUUUAUAGAGAAACAAGUGAUAUUUGAGAAAGACCUAGCAGAACAUUCUCGUAAGGAAAAGGAGAAAACAGCUUAUCCUAAUCCUGAAACAGAAUGUAAACAACCACAAAUAACCCAGGAAUAUCAGACUGCCAGAUUAUUUUUAUCUCAUUAUGGUUUUCUAUCUUUAGAGGCUUUAAAGGAACCAGCUAACUCUAGUCUACCACCAGAUUUAGUGAUGUUAGAUACAACUAAUACAGCUAUGUUUACUGAUAUGGAAUCACUAGAUAGUAUACCUAGUCGAGAUAAUGAUACAGUUCAUAUAUUUUAUGUUAAACCUGGUCAAAGAACUCUUUCAGAUAUAAUCAAUAAUGUUACAUCUCAUUCAAGAGUUCAGCCCCAGUUUUUAGAGUUUCUCCACUCAUUAGGAUGGCCUGUAGAUGUGAGACGUCAUGCUGGUUGGACAGGACAUAUUUCUACUAGUUGGAAGAUAAUAGAUAGUGAUGAUGUUGAUGAAGAUGAUUAUCAAACUGGUACAGGAGGUAGUAUAUAUGAUGGUAGACAACAAGUUUUAUAUUGGGCUGAUGUUUCAUCUGAAGUAGCUUUUAUUGUACCAUCACCUGAUGCCACUCAUUUACGACAAAACUCUUGUUCAGAUUCUGAGAAAUCACCAACAAGAAGUAUUGGAAAUGAUAAAUUUGAAUCAUUCGUAACUAAACCUAAAUCAUUAGGAUUAGAUGCUAGUAAAAUAAAUCAGGUUAGAUCAACUAGAGAGAGUCCCAGUUCCCCUCCAGAAAUACCCUCUAACACUGGUAGUCGAGGCAAGAGAUAUGGUCGACAACUUGGACAAAUGGUUGGACCUGAUACUAAAAUAUUUGUUGUCUGGCUGGAGAGUUUUGAAGACCAUGAAAAUUUUCCUUUAGGAGAUAUUCAGACUAUCACCAGCACUGGUCAAGAACAUCUAUCACAGAAACAAUCAGAAAAAGAUAUUUAUAUUAUCUUUAUACAUGCUUUACAAAAUGGUUUAUUUAGAAUACAUAUGCAAGGACAUGAGAAAAAUGUCACAAAAAUGACUAUGGCUAUACCACUAGUAGAUGGUAUGGUAGUUAGUAGAAGAACACUAGGUACAUUAGUUCGUCAGACAUCUAUUAAUAUCUGUAGAAGAAAGAGACUGGAGAGUGAAACAUAUCAGCCACCCCAUGUAAGAAGAAAACUACAAAUACAAGAUAUCGUCAACAAAUAUAGAUGUAAAAUGACAGAGGCAGAGUUUUUUACAGCAUUAUUUCAGGAUGUGCCUAAAUGAAUACAAAUAUUCUAAUCUUAAUUAUUUUAAGCAGAACUGAUUACUUUUUUUGAUCUUAAGUCUGAUUUUGUGAUGUAUCAGAUGUAAUAUAUAUAGUUCUGUUUUAGAAGUUAAAGCAUGGUUUACGAUAAAAAAAUAUUUUGCUGACCAUCUUCCCUAUAAUGGAAAUAUUAAAUUCAGGUUCAGUUUUUGAUCCCAAGCAUGUCCUAAAUGUAUUACCAUUGGUUAGUGAUUUUAUUAACGUUCCGUUGUGUGCCAAUAUAUCAAUUAGAAUUAUUUAUAUAGAAUUCUCUAUUAUUUAUAUUUAUCAAAAUCUAGAAUUACAUUAGUAAUUGUUGUUGUAUUGUAAUUAGAAUGUAUGUAAAUUGUUAACUGAUAUAUAAGAAAUCUUAUUUGAAGAAGCCCUAAAUUUUAGCCUACUGCUACUUUCAUUUUUCUAUUUUGAACAUUUCCCAACCCUUUCUGGUUUGUGGUUCUUGUUUGGCUAGGACAAACUGGUUAAUUUAUAUAAAAAAAAGUAUUUUCAAAAAUGUAACUCCUGUAUUAUGACUAAUUUGAAUUGUUCAUUACAUACCACAUUGACUCAUAUCACAUAAUUAACAUUAUUUAUUGUAAAUAUUUUUAUGUGCAAUAAUAAAACAUAAAUAUAUAAAG